AUGGCACAGCCAAGUCCAAGGAACAGCACCCCUACUGGAAGCAGCAGGAGCAGCGGGAGCGACCAGCUGAACAAGACCAACCUGUACAUGGGAUUGCAGCCAGGCACUACUGACCAGGACCUUGUCAAGCUCUGCCAGCCAUAUGGCAAGAUUGUGUCCACUAAGGCUAUCCUGGACAAGACCACAAACAAGUGCAAAGGCUAUGGCUUUGUGGACUUCGACAGUCCCUCAGCAGCACAGAAGGCUGUACCUGCACUGAAAGCCAGUGGUGUGCAGGCACAAAUGGCUAAGCAACAGGAACAAGACCCCACAAACUUAUACAUCUCAAACCUCCCGGUGUCCAUGGAUGAGCAGGAACUGGAGGGCAUGCUGAAGCCCUUCGGCCAGGUCAUCUCCACUCGAAUCCUCCGAGACACUACUGGGACCAGCAGAGGGGUUGGCUUUGCAAGGAUGGAGUCCACAGAGACGUGUGAAGCUGUCAUCACCCACUUUAAUGGAAAGUAUAUAAAGACACCCCCUGGAGUAGCAGCACCCUCUGACCCCUUGCUUUGUAAAUUUGCUGAUGGUGGGCCGAAGAAACGACAGAACCAUGGAACAUUUGUGCAAAAUGGAGGAGCCUGGCUAAGGAACGGAGAAAUGGGUGCUAUGGCCUUGAGCUAUGACCCCACCGCGGCUCUUCAGAAUGGGUUGUACUCAGCCCCUUACAGUAUUGCUCACAGCAGGAUGCUUGCUCAGUCUGCACUCUCCCCGUAUCUUCCAUCUCCUGUGUCCUCCUAUCAGAGAAUGACUCAGACGUCUCCUCUACAAGUACCUAACCCAUCUUGGAUGCAACACCAGUCGUACCUCAUGCAGCCUUCAGGCUCAGUUCUGACACCAGGGAUGGACCAUGCCCUCUCUCUCCAGCCUGCCUCCCUGAUGGGACAUCUUACCCAGCAACUGGGCCACCUGUCACUCAACAGCUUGGGCACGUUCAUGCCAGCCGCGGCCGCUAUGCAAGGAGCUUGCGUCUCCAAGUAUCCCACUGUGCCUUCCUCCAGUGUUUCUGUUGAGGAGAGUAGUGGUCAGCAGAACCAAGUGGUGGAGACCCCCUCAGACCAUGGGCUCUAUCCUUUCCAGUUCAGCAAGUAAUGAGGAGACAAGAGAGACUACACUUUGCCUUCAGGAAGCAGAUGAGUGACAUUGUGCAGCCUUUGGAAGCCAAAUCUGGUGGACAGUGCUACAGACAAGUGUCAUCCAGCUUCAGGACCCUGGGACA